AUGACGAUCAACCCACCAAAAUGCGCAGUCAACAUGGAGCAGCGACUGGCAGCACUGCGACGCGACCAGGAGAUCGACGGGUUGAGGGUCUAUCUUAUCAAGUACAACCUCUUCCCACGUAAUCGAGAUCCGCACAACUCGCCCAUUCGAUUGGAAGAACUAAAAGAACUCGUCAAGCACUGGAAGCUUCAUCGACAACGAGGGUUUUGGCGCGAUCAUCCGGAUAAAGACGACCUCGUUCGCGCCUUACUGCAGCAUAUCAAGAGCGAGGCAGCGAACAAGAAACGACGACAGGAAGCACAAGACAAGUAUCGCAGUAAAACAAUAAGUGGAGCUGAUGAUGGCAGUCCUGGCAAGCAUCGAGACUUCUCGACGUUCUUCGGUGGCAACGCAAACGCCCACUCGAGUGGAGACGAAGCCGAGAAUGACGACGAUGACCGAGAACAGUCUGUGGCUGUUGCCAAGAAGAAAAAAUGUGGUGGCGAUCUGUUCUACCAACGCGGAGACUACGACGAAGGACUCAUCUAUCUGUCUCGAAUCGACAGGUCUCGUUUCCAGUCUGAAAGCCACAAUCCCUGCCAGGAUCUGCUCACGACGUCUGCUUCAGCACCCACUCCAGUCGACCGUCUACUCCUGACAACUCCUGACGCCAGCAGCAAGCCUAAAAGUGUUAGCGCCACAUCUGCGAAUGACAAAGAAGGCGAGCGAGCAAUGAACCAGAUGCCGUCCGUGUUGGUGAGCCCUCUGCUCUCUGGAUCCGUAAACACUGCACAUUUGACCAAGGAUACGAAGCUCAAGUCUGUCGAAGGUCUCUACAGCAUUUCGUACCACAAAGGCUACGAGGCUCAACUCCUGCGUGAGGGUGCACUCGCCACGUUGUCCAGCGUCCUCAAGCUAGACGAUCCAAUUAUCCGUCUGUACUCUGCCGCGGCAAUUUUGAACCUCACGCAUUACACUCCAGCCCCACCUUCGCCCCUGCCUACUCCAGUGAAGAAGAAUCAGAGCCAGCCAUCGUCAUCUUGUCUAUUGCCGACGGCACCUCCACAAGCGACUAGAGAUUUGUACUCGAAAAUGACGGACGAAGGCGUAAUUGCAGCGCUGCUGGAUCUCGUACAUACGCCGCAUCCGACCGUCAAGGCUUUGUGCGCUCGAGCACUACUUCGCUUUACAGUUGAUGAAUCACACCACUUUGCUAUGGUGCAUGAGGGUGUAGUGGCUGCGCUUUCACAGAUUAUGGCUGCAGUGACCACAACCACAGCGUCGCCUCUAGCUGCACCGAAUGAUGUCAAGCUCUUCUGCGUAUUAGCGCUCGUCAAUCUGUCGGAUGUACCGCGUGCUGUCACGUGCGACGCGCUGCUGAACUCAAUUAUCGUGUUGGCGCGACAGGGAGACACUGCGACGCGAAGAGUAUGCGCUCAGGCGCUGCUGAACCUCUCGAUUCUUCCGACAACUCGUGGAGUAGUGGUGGACGAAGGAGCGAUCGCAGCUCUUGAAGUGCUAACAGCUGUGGCGAUGAGGCCCUUGCAACUCUCUCAAUUGGAGGUGGUCACCUGUACAUUGUGCAAUCUGGCGGCCGUGAAGAACAACCAGGAUGCACUGACGAAGAACAGCGCAUUGACGAUCUUGUCAGAUAUUAUCUUAAGCGUGGGGGCAGAGCUGCGUCGGGUGCAGACUGCGGCCAAGACUGUUGCUGAUAGUGCUCAAGACGAGGCAGUAGCGAGCUCUCUGUUGAUUUCAAUCCGCAAGAACUGCGUCAACUCCAUCGCGAUGCUCUGCUGCAACCCGAAGCUCCAAGUCCGUGUGCGCAACACUGGCUUUGUUCCGAAGCUCCUAAACAUUCUUCGAGGCGCUGACGACCAGGAAGACGAUUACAGCGAUGAUGAAGAUCACGUUUUCUCGCGUGGUAUUGAUCCGGAAACCGAGAAAUUUGUCGUUGUGGCACUCGCGAAUUUGGCGCUCGACGAUCGCUGCCGACCUACGCUCGUGCAAGACGGAGUAGUUCCUCUUUUCCUUGGGUUAUUGCGAGCUCCAGAACUCCCAGGGACUUACACUGAAGGCGUCGCAGAUAACCAAGACGAUAAAAGAGCCGCUGCUUUGCUACUUAAGUUGGAUUGCGUCACGGCAUUGAGCAACUUGCUGCUUCAUCCAGCCAAUUUUCAGGCGUUAGUGGAUGCAGGUGUAGUUCCUGCGUUUUUGGAUCUUAUCCGUAGCGAGGACACAUCCGCUAGCAGUAGCAGCAAAGAGAUCCAGAAGGCGUGUGUGUACGCAAUGCUGGGUCUCGCCAAAGACCCAGGAGUGAAGACUCGACUGGCGGAAGCUACUCAGAAGCGUCUUGAUGACGAGGAUUCAAAUGACCAAGUCGGUGCAAUCCCGACGAUGCUGGCGUUCGCGUCGAGGAAUCUGUCCAAUGCUGAACUCUGCGGUGUCUGUAUUAGUUUCCUACACCACUUAUCGUCACGAGCUGUGAAUCAUGAGUUGCUAUUCUAUGAAGGUGCUGUGGGGUUAGUCGUGCGUGUGUUAAAGAAACCAAGCACAGCGGAAGCACCAGCCACGAUAUACGCGCUCUGGUUGGACUGCCUAGCAACACUGGCCCACCUCGCGUCGUACGAAGCUAAACGCUGUUCACUGCUGGACGAUGGGGUUCUUGAAGCUAUCCAACACUUCCUCAUCGUCUCGGCUGCGGAUCAGCGACCACGCGAUGCAGUGACAGACCGAAGCAUCAUUAAGGCCCAGUACGCUGCUUCGCAAAUUGUCUACAAGCUGCACGAACUCUGCAGUGGAAUCUCUGUGUCAGCUGGUGCCGGGCCGGUGGACGCACCCGCUUUCUUCGCGUGUUUGCUACUCUUGGCCACCCAGUCAGCGUCCAAGAACUCUCGAUUGUCCAAGUCAACAGUUGCGCUGCAGCACCGAACAGCUAGACGAACAGCACUUACGAUCGCCAAGGUGGCGCUGGCUCUGCCACAAGGUCUAAGGCGGUUGGCGGAGCAUGCUGAUAUUCCUCCUGCUUUGAACAUGGUCAUGCGUACGGGUAUUCAUGAGGCUCAAGUUUGUGCUGCUGUUGCACUGUGCAACUUGGCAGCCGAGCGGCCAGCACCCGCGACAGGCAAACCCCUCUCGAGAGUAUGGCGUGAUGCAACGGUGGACGACUUCAUCGUCAUUACGCUACUACGAGUGAAUAGUCCACAGACGAAAGGGAUCUGUGCGAAGGCCCUGUUCAAUCUACUGACACAUGAAGACGCACGCGACCAACUGAUGCGGGAUGGCGUUCUCUACGCUCUCUUGAAGCUGGCUCGGCUUGAAAAUGACUCGAUCCGAGACCUGGCUCUGCGUGCUUUGUACAACAUUUCUUUGGAUGCUAAGAAGACGGCGCAACUACUGGAAAUGGAGCUCGUGCGGAUACUGGCAAAGAUGUACCAAGCGGACCUGAAUAAAACGAUGAAGCGGCUCAUGAUAGGCAUUUUCAGCAACUUAUCAAGUGCUUCUUGUGCUCUCAACGAUAAAAAUGCUGCUACCAAUGACGAAGGUGAAGAGAAAAGUGUUGAAGGCGUUGUGGCUACCACGAAGACUGUCGAGUUGCAGAUGCUUCAGGAGGGAUUACUCAGUGUCCUCAAGAACUUGGCCAAAGUGCGCGAUCCUGAGAUGAAGCUGUACGUCGCGAACGUGCUGUACAAUCUAUCGUGCGCUGUCGAGUCGCGCGUCGUGGAGAUUCUAGCUCAAGACGAAAGCAAUGUGCUGGGAAUCUUGAUGGCGGAGCUCAAGUCGGAGAGCAAGGACGUGCGCAAGUACGCAGCCAAGACCCUCGCCAAUCUCAGUGUUUCUUCUGUUGCUGUGCAGAUUAUGACUAACGAUGCGGCUUGUGCUGUGGUGAGUGUCAUCAAUGAUACCAUGAAAGGCGGAAAGACCAAAACAGGGUCGACUCCUACUGGAAGUGGGGCCUCGAGCUCGCUAUCUGUCUGCGUCGAGACAAAUUGUGCUUGUGUAUUUUUCCUACGCAACCUCUUUUCGUUGGAACUGAACCAGCGCAAGUUUAUCGCGUGCAAUGGGUUUCCAACUCUCGCCGCACUCCUCACAAGUCCAGCGAUGGCUUCCGAAGCGCCGACUCUGCGUGUGGCUACCGACAUGAUCUGCUCGCUCGCUAAACUCAACGCUGAGUCUGGCAAACCUCGAGAAAUGUCGUAUGAAGAGCGUCUCGUGAGAGAUGGGGUUGUUCGCGCCCUCGUGGCAAUGGGCAAAGGUGCAAUGGAUGGAUCAACCACACGGGCUGAGGAGAAUGCGGCUUGUAUGAACAUCGUCACAUCUUUAAGUAGUUUGUCAGGGCACCCACAGUGUCACGACGCCAUGUUGCGUGAUGGAGCUCUCGACGCACUCGCAGUCUUGUGUGUGACGAAUCCUUCAGAUAGUCGAACACCUUUUAAAGGUCUUGUCGGUGUACGUGGAGAGGCAUUUGCUCUACAUUGCAUGGUAGUGAUUCGGAAUCUGUCGCGACAAGAACCGUCUCCACCUCCGUCUGGACCGCCGUCGAUGGACAGUGAGGCAGGAAAUGGUGGUCGUGCUAGUAAGGCAGAGGACGUGCGUAGUCAGAGACUGACCUCUCAACCUUCCUUAGUGCCCAUCGUGUUGGCAUUAUCGCAAUCCACUAGUCCACAAACUCGCGAGCACGUGGUGGUCUCGCUCUACAACUUGGCUCGGUUGCGUCGUAGUAAACGGCAGAUGAUCAAGAAUGACGCCGUUAAAGUGUUGCUACGACUUGGAACGAGUGCUAUUACGCCUUUCAAACGGCAUGUCUGCUCCUUGGCGCUUCAAGCUUUGGCUACUCAUGUUCCACCACCAGCUCCAGCACAGUCAAAUUGUCCCGACCCUACAGCGACUACUGUAGAUGCCGCCGCCAACGCUGCUGAAUGGGAUGAUCCUCACGUGGAUAAAGUGGUUCAAGAGGGAAUUGUGGCCGCAAUCGCAGCUCUCGCAGACUCACAUCAACACGAUUUACUUGUCAGUGUGUCGACGAACUUGUAUGUGAUUACCACUCCACCUCCGGCGGUCAUGGAGUCAAUUACUUUGUUGCGUACGACGAAUCGAGCGAUUGAGCAGCGUGGUGCUCCUCCUGACUGGACCAAAGUGCUGAUUACCGAUUUGAUCUCGUGGCCCGAGAUUGAAAUGGGUACCAGCAGAACCACUGCUAUUCGAGUUGAGAGUAAUUUGGCUUUGGGGGCGCUGUCUCCUGGAUUACAAGAGGAAGAUCACGGUGAGGAUCCCUACUCUGAUGCUAGCGAUGAUGAAAGUCGACGAAAAGGCUCACAAGGUAAAUCGAGUGGGAAAUUAUCGAGUCCAAGCUCCUCAAAGAAACAGUCACAGCUAGGUCACAACUCAAAUUUGGCUCCCCCGCGAACAUGUAGCUCGGACGCGGUGUUGGGGUCUUUUCAAAUGCUGGCAGAUCCGAAACCAGAGAAAGUGCGAGUGAAUGUGGAGUUUGAACUUGCAGGCCGUCGCGCUGUCACCUCGUCUCCAGCUAUAGCGUCUGCAUCAAGUAAUGAUGAACUGCCAAAACUCCGUCCCGAGACGGCACCAGAGGGAUUAACAGAAGAUACUUCGAGACUUGGUGGAAGAUUACAGCUCACGCGUACGCAGGCGCGCCAGGAUGCUGCGUAUCGACGAUUAACCAGCAACGGAAUUUAUCGAGGCAACACUCCAGAGAGUCCCAUUAAAUCCUCGGCGGCUAUCACAAAGCGGAGAUCCCACCAGCUAGAACCGCUUUCCACCCCAAAUUGA